CUUUAUUUAAAGGAAGUGGCUACUUGUUAUUCUCACUACUAUUUGCCAAAGUGACCUGCACAAGGACCAUUUUCUCACUGAAACUAAAGAUGAAACUCCUUAUUUUAGGGGCACUGAUAAUCUUUUACGCAUCAGCCCUCUUGGGUAUUUUUGGAGAUGUCACGAAGAUUGACACGACUGGAGCUUCGGAGCAAACAGCUCGCCAAGACAAACUGACUGUAAAGGGGGUCCAAGCUUCAUAUAAACUGGCUGAGAAUGAUCUGAAGAGGAUGGAGUCAUACAAGUACACUAUCCUGAAAGUUGGCAGCGCUAUGUCGAUGGACCCAGCUGUGAUCGCAGCUAUCAUAUCCAGAGAGUCGAGGGCUGGAGCAGCGCUUGUUAACGGCUGGGGAGAUCACGGCAAUGGCUUUGGACUUAUGCAGGUUGACAAACGUUACCACAAACUGAGAGGAGCCUGGAACAGUGAAGAGCACAUCAGACAAGGCACAGAGAUUCUGAUCGACUCUAUAAGACAGAUUCAGAAAAAAUUCCCUAACUGGCCCAAGGAGCACCAGUUUAAAGGGGGAAUCUCAGCCUACAAUGCCGGAGUAAAAAACGUCCGCACCUAUGAGGCCAUGGACAUUGGGACCACAGGAAAUGAUUAUUCAAACGAUGUAGUGGCCAGAGCGCAGUGGUUCAAACGCAACGGCUACUGAGCAACAUUCAUAUUUCCCACAAUACUCUGUAAACGGUUAUAUGAAUAAAUAAAUCCUUAUUAUGCAUUGA